AUGUUUGACACUCUCCGAAGCCGUCGUGCAUUCCGAGACUCUGUGCUUGGACUCGAGUAUCUUCACUAUCAAGGUAUCAUACAUCGCGAUAUCAAACCAGCAAAUCUGCUUGUUACAAGAGAUCGCCGGGUCAAAAUAUCCGACUUCGGGGUAUCCUAUCUCGGACGGCCCAUCCGCGACGACGAUGAGGAGCGAGUUACGGAGACAGACGCCACAGAACUCGAUGAUGCCAGAGAACUCUCAAAAACCGUUGGAACCCCAGCUUUUUAUGCGCCGGAACUCUGCUAUACUGGAUCUGAGUUUGAGACCCAAAUUGGCAAUGUCCCGAAGAUCACUGGCGCCAUCGACGUUUGGUCAUUAGGCGUUACGUUAUAUGGAAUGAUUUUUGGGAGGCUACCAUUUGUUUGCGAUGACGAGUAUAAACUGUUUCACAAUAUCGUGAAAAACGAAGUUUUCAUUCCACGCAGACGUUUAAAAGCAGUGGAAGUGGAACCAUCGUCCAGCCAGACAACGAACCCUCAGCUUGUGAUGAACAGUAACAAACGAACUGAUGAUGAACUUGCCUACGAAAGUAUCGAUGACGAGUUAUGUGAUCUUUUGAGACGUCUACUCAUGAAAGAUCCAGCCAAACGGAUAACUUUGAAGGAGAUUAAGCACCACCCUUGGGUGCUUCGUGAUAUCCCUGACAAACAGAAGUGGAUCGAAACGACGGAUCCGGGCUACCUGAGCAAGGGUAAGAGGAUCGAGGUCUCGAAAGAAGAAGUCACUCAGGCGGUCACGAAAAUGCCUUUUAUCGAACGAGUUCGGUCGAACGUGGCCAAAUGGGGCGGCUCCAUUUUUGGGCGAGGGAAAGAUGGCCGGAGACGAGCGCCUGUUUUAGCUACUUCAGCUACUUCCGUGUCGAUAUCAACUUCAUCUUCGAGCAAUAUCGCUUCUUACAAAACCCAUGACAAUGAGGACCUUAAAAAAAAAGGGCUAUUCAGCGAUGAUACGAGUCAGUGGUCACCAUUCCGGAUCACCAAAGAUGGCGAUCACGCUCCUUCACAUAGCAUUCUUCCGAAUCCCCUUCCAUCCGAAGACCAUGGUAUUUCCAGAAGGGGCAGCACUGCCAGUUCGUCAUCAUAUCGGAAAGACCAAUUCCCUGAUGCAGGACGCCGUCCUAACCUCUCAGACAGGUCAUCCUCGACGUUUUCGAGUGCCGAUUCCACCAAGACAAUUCGCCCCUUGAUUACGGAUGUGGCUCCCGUGCGGUCUCGAGCAACUACUCCGGUCUCAGAAACUCUGCUCGCAUCCAGCGUCAACGGUAUUUUCGGGGGAGCUGGACGUCGUCUAGGAUGGGGUUGGCAGAGCCCCGAUCGGCAAAGCCAACGAUCUCCAUCCACCGAUCGAGCAUCUAUAGAUGGAGAUGCCCAUUCUGGCCCUGUCGUUGCAGUCAGUACGACGUCUGCCACAGGCCUCGUCCAAUCUCCCGACUUAGCCCGGGGUCCGUCUUCGACCUCUUUAUCAUCUUUGGCAAGCCAUGACGUCCCAACACGAGCAAAUACCUCAUCUCACCACCGAUCCCGCUUCCACCAACAGUUGCAUGAUGCUCCAGCCGAGUCGUUCCAUGUAACCCGCGAGACACUUCUACGACAACGGAUGCAGCAUCAAGAUCGAAGUCAUCACGCACAGGGAGCCGCUUCGUGGUUCAAGGACUCGACUGAACGCGGCCGCGGCGGCUCCUUACCCGCUCGAGACACGCUCUCCUCUAUAGACACCGAAUGGCAUCAAAUAGGCAUGGAACAAAAUUAUAUGUUCAAGCAUCCGAUAGGAGAGCCAAUUACUUCACCUCCAUCAGCAUUGACCAUGUCCUCGUCGGAUGAACUCACCAGUGGAAUGUCUCAUUCUGCCUCGCACCCGAGUAUUCCAUCAGUAAUAUCGGGCGCCUCUUCUCUCUCCGCUGAUGGAUUCUAUACCUACAAAGCAGAGCGAGAGAAGGAGUUAGAUGCUUUCGGACACAUACCGCCCCUUCUUCGCACUAGAGAAACAGUCACAGCUCGGAAAACGCCAUCUGACAGAACCCAUGACGACGAGUGUAAGUACGACUGUGAUGAUGAGGAUGAAGACGAAGACGAUGAGUCAGAGGAUGAUGGGAUUGUUCUUGGGAAACGAAAUUCGUGCUCGUUCAAUAAAUCGAAGAGGAUUGGAUGA